UAUCACUAAUAUAAGCGAUUAUAACUAGUUAUUUUGAUGAAAUAUUGAUCAGUAUAGUUCUAGUUAUCAAAAGUUAGAAUUAGGAAGAAAUCACCAUGAAAAGUGUAAUAGUCUUAACAGCCCUGUAUAUAGGAGUUAUUAACUGUUAUUCUGACUACUCGCUUUGGACAGAUUUUAAGGCGAAACACUUAAAAACUUACUGUCUACAUGAAGAACAAACGCGUUUCUCAGUUUUCCAACAAAACCUGCGGAAAAUCGAACAACAUAAUGCAAGGUAUAUAAAAGGAGAAGCGUCAUACUUUCUUACUAUUACGAAAUUUGCUGAUUGGACUAAAGAGGAAGUCCAGAAAUUUUUAAGACCCCUUCCAGAAAACAAAUUAGCACUUAGAAGCGUAGAUCAGAAUCCAGUACGUGCAGAUUAUCCGGAUUCAUUUGACUGUAGAGACCAUGGAGCAGUUAUUGAGAUUCAAGAUCAAGGACAAUGUUUAUCUGGAUGGGCUUUCGCAGCUGCCGGAGCAGUAGAGGGAAGAUACGCAGCUUUAGAGAAGAAAUUAAUCGCUUUGAGCGCAGAAGAGUUAAUAGAUUGUUCUACAUAUGAGAACACUAAGGCAUAAUGUACACGAAGCGAAUCGUCAUAGACGCGUAUUAGAUGCGACGUACGAAAAGCAUACGCUUUCGUGCUGCUCACUUGUGUCUUUAUGGAAUACUGUACACGAAGCGUAAGCGGCGCAGAAUCGUCAACGCAGACAAGCUUCAAGCCGCCAGGCGUACAACGAUGUCAGUCGCUUGUAGUACGCUUGAGUGUUAGAACACCUUUAUUGACGGAAUUUUAUGAGAAUGGCGGAUCAAAUAUUAAAAUUUGUCCAACUGAUUUAAAAUUAUCAGUGUUUAGAUAAUAAUACCCAAACAAGAGUACUCCCGAAAAAUGUGUGGAAUUUAGAAUAAUCUUCCGACAACUCUUUGGCGACAAUAAUUAACCUACUGUUGUAAUUUUUGUAGAUAUAUAUAAGGA